AUGAAUUUAUUAAAUGAAAAAACUUUAUAAGCAUUUAUAUCACUAAAAAAUUAAGGCUAAUUGAAUAUUGAUUUGAGAAUUAACACUCGACCUUUGACUCCUACCAAAAAGAUUAUCAAAUUACCAAAACGCCUUUUAAAAUCAAUUACACAAGUGGAAGGUUUGAAAAAAUAGAAAUCUUAUCAUAAGCAGAGAACAAUAAUUAAGUAGCAUUCAUUUAAACCAGAAAUAGAAGAAGUUAAAAUAGAGUCAAUUAAUGAAAUGCCUAUGAGUAAAAAAAAAGAAAUUAGAGUAACAGACGGAACAGAAGAAUUGAUACUUCGGCAAUAAGAAAUUCAAAGACAAACUAAAAAGAAAAAUAUUAAUGAGGAGAUCAAUGAUUUGAAAAAGUUAGAAUAGCAGCUACUUUUAACCUAUACUGGUAGAUAUCAAAAUUGCGAAGAAGAAGAGGAGCAAAUUGAAACAGUUUUAAAUGAGAGAAGAGAAUAAAUAUAUAGAAAAAUUUAUGAGAAUGUCAAGGCAAUACAGGGAAUUGAUUAAAAAACUGAGUUAUAGAAAAAAAGGGAUUAAGAUUUAUUGAAAUACAUUAAAUAUUAGUAGGACUCAAAUAAAAAUAAAAAAUAUAUUUAAGAAAAAUUAUUAGAGGCAUAAAAAUAGGUUGAACAAUUACAGAAAAUAUCAAGACCUGGAACUUCUUAAAGAAUGAGCUCAACAUCAAGUUUAAAUCAAUAUCCUAAUAACAAUAAUAAUAAUGAACAAUUUGAUAUCAAAAUAAACUAAUUAUUUAUAAAGAAUCCUUCUAAAUAAUAGUAAUAAUAGGGUUCACCACUGAAAGGGCAAUUAUAAUAAAAUUCAACAAGAAAACUAUCUCAAAAAAUUUCCCUUGUUGGUUCGAAUCAUACUUCCUAAUAAAAUAUUAUAGAAAACACUUCAGGUUAAUAAUUAUUGCUAUUCAAUUAAACUCAUAAAAAAAUUGAUGAAGAACUGUUACAUAUAUUAUUGACUAGAUGGAAGAAUAUCAAUUCAAAUAAAAAAAGAAUCAAAUAGAAAAAGGUUUUUAUGAAGCUGGAUGAUGAACAAAUACAGGAAAAAAAAAAAUAAAGGAGGUAGUAUUUAUGUCAAAAAUUAUUAUCGUGGCUCUAAAAAAUGAAUAGAUGUAAAAUCUCAUUAUAGGAAAUGAGUAACUUUCAAUUUCCAUCAUAACCAUUUCAGAUAGACGGAUCUUUUAUAUUUCUCAGAUAUAUAAAAUAUAAUAAUAUGGUAGAAAUAAAAAAUUUAAUAAAAUUUAAUAGAAACUUAUUAUUUGAAUUUAAUCAUUUAGGAUAGACGUGUUUGCAUAUUGCUGCUUCAAAAGGAAACUCUACUUUAUUGUAAUAUUUGUUAUAGUGUGGAGCUGAUUAUGAAGCAAAAGAUUUCAUGAACAGAAAUCCGUUAUGGUAUGCAGUUGAGGCUUAAAGUGAAGAAUCAUUUAAGAUGUUACUAAAAAUUGGAGCAACUCCAUGGAAUAUUCAAACCUCGAAUGCUUGGUUUGCUGAUAUAUUAUAAUAGGCAAAAAAGAUACAUACUUUAAUCUCAAUAUCACCUCAUACUGUAAAAUCAUUAAUUUUGGAACAUGAAUUUGAAAGAAUAUUGUGA